AUGUCUUCCCCAGAUUUAGAUAAUGAAUAUGAUGAAUUUUUUGAUGAACAUUUUGGCAAUCUAUUCCAAAAUUGCCUAGAUGAUUAUGGCAAUGAUCAACAACCAACUACUUCAAGGCGGCCAAGAGCUUAUAUUGAUAGACAACACGAAGAAGGGCAUAUUCAAUUAUGGAAUGAUUAUUUCAGCGAAAAUGCUACGUUCUCUGCUGGUAGUUUCCGUCGUCGUUUUCGAAUGAACAAAUCAUUGUUCAUUCGUAUUGUUGAGGCACUAUCCAAUGAAGUAUCAUAUUUCCAACAAAGAAGAGAUGCUACCAAAAGGUUGGGUCUGUCUGGAUUACAAAAGUGUACAACAGCCAUUCGUAUUUUGGCAUAUGGGUGUGCAUCUGAUGCGGUUGACGAGUACCUCCGCCUCGCAGAUAGCACCGCAAUGCAAUGCUUGGAAAAUUUUGUGGAGGGAAUUAUAUAUUUGUUUCAAGAUACGUACCUAAGAAGACCUACAUCAGAGGAUCUCCAACGAUUACUCAAUUUAGGAGAGGACCGCGGAUUUCCCGGGAUGAUCGGAAGCAUUGAUUGUAUGCAUUGGGAAUGGAAGAAUUGUCCAACAGCUUGGAAAGGACAGUAUUCUCGUGGAUCUGGAAAACCUACAAUCGUUUUAGAGGCUGUGGCAUCGCAAGAUCUCUGGAUUUGGCAUGCAUUUUUUGGUCCUCCAGGUACUUUAAAUGAUAUCAAUGUUCUUGACCGUUCACCAGUUUUUGAUGACAUCUUAGAAGGUCGAGCUCCGAGAGUAGAUUACUUUGUCAACGGACGACAUUACAAUAUGGCUUACUACCUCACUGAUGGUAUAUAUCCGAGAUGGGCAACAUUCAUCCAAUCAAUUUCACUUCCACAAGACCCGAAAGCAUCAUUAUUUGCAAGGUGUCAAGAAGCUGCCCGAAAAGAUGUCGAACGUGCUUUUGGAGUCUUGCAAGCUCGUUUUGCGAUUGUUAAAAAUCCUGCACUUUUUUUGGAUAAGGCAAAAAUAGGAAAGAUAAUGCGAGCAUGUAUCAUAUUGCACAAUAUGAUAGUAGAAGAUGAACGAGAUGGAUACAGCCUGUACAAUACAGCAGAAUUCCAUCAACGAGAAGGAAGUCGGACUUCACGUGUCGAUUUAACAUAUUCUACAGAUAGGAUUAACAACCUCGACGAAGUGAUUGGUGAUUGGAAUCAAGUUCGUGAUACAACGCAACAUCGACGGCUUAAAGCUGAUUUGGUUGAACAUAUCUGGCAAAAAUUUGGCACAACUCGAUAUUAG